UUCUUUACACCAUCAGCUGUAUAUAAUCAUGGUGCGAUAAGGCAAUGGAGGUGAAAAUUACUGCUCCUAUGCAACUCGGAAAUGUAUAUUUUCCCACGCUGGCAAGUGGCAACUAGAGUAGAUAUUUUCCAGCAGUUCUGCAGGCUCGAUACGCUGAUAACUCGCGGACGCGACUCGUCGCGCCACCACACGACGCCUCUCUCCCGUUCACCCGUCCCGAUUCCGGAUCACUCCCUCAGUCCCUCUCCUCUCCUCUCCACUCCCACGCCGAGAUAUUUCACGCGGCCCGCCCGCCAUGUCGCUGCUCGCCGUCGUCACCAGCCGCGCCGCGGCCGUGCGCCCGCUUCGCGCCUCGGCGGCCUCGGGAGAGGCGGCGGCGGCCGCCGCGGACCAGCCGGCGGAGCGGAGGCCGGUGAAGAUAAUACUGCCCAAGAAGAAGCCGCAGAAGUGGUCCACGGGGAUGGAGCCAGGGUCGUACGGCGGCGGCCCGACCACCAUCAAGCCGCGCAAGUACUGGAUGGGGAAGGAGGACCGCGACCCCAUUGGCAACACCGACGACUUCAUCUGGAACAAGAACUUCCUCCCCCACAUGGAGCGCGUCAUCGCCAACGGCGGCACCGACACGCCCGCCACCAUCCCCCGCGUCACGCCGGCGGACGAGGACUCAGGGUUUCUAAGCAUCAACCGCGCAAUGGACCUUGACAGUGUGGAUGUUGAUCUGAGCAAGGAGCUUAUGGCACCAGCCAAGUCAAUCUUGCAGACGCAGCUCAAGGCUGCCCGCCGUGGUCGAUCCACUAGCGUUGAGGCUGUCAAUAGAUCCACCUUCAUUAGAUGGAAGCUAGCUCCGACUCGACGGGAGCAGGAGCAAUGGGACCGAGCGACCAGGGCAACCACCGGUGGCAUUGAUGUCAUACUAAGGGAGUCGCAGCAGAAAGUGCAGCUGAAAGGGGACCCUAAGGUGGUGGCAGCUGAGGCCAGAGAGCAAUACCUAAAGUUGAAAGAAAGGUUGCAGUUGCUUACUUUAGGUAUUGGUGGCAUCGGGGUGGUUUCUGCUUAUGUUUCAUACACUCCUGAAAUUGCUGCGAGCUUUAGUGCAGGGCUGAUUGGAUCUCUGGUGUAUCUCCGCAUGCUUGGAACCAGUGUGGAUUCUUUAGCGGGUGGAACUAAAGCAGCUGCCAAGGGCGCUGCGGCACAGCCAAGAUUGCUUAUUCCAAUGGUUCUUGUGAUGAUGUACAAUCGAUGGAAUGCGAUACUAGUUCCAGAGUACGGCUUCAUGCACCUGGAGUUGAUACCCAUGCUCGUUGGGUUUUUUACCUACAAGAUUGCUAUGUUUACUCAAGCGAUUCAGGAAUCAAUACCUGAUGUUGGAAACCGCGAAGUUUGAACACCGUUUUGGCUAAUAGAAAAACAAAGAGAAGGUUGUUGUUGCCGUUGGGGGGAGACUGGUCACCGUUCAUCAAUAUAGUAAGGUAUUAUUAAGGUUUUAGAAGAGUCUAAUCUGGAGCCUGGAGAUGCCGCCAGGUAGAUGAGAUGCACGCUGAGGCUGAGGAUGCUGUCUGAACAUAUCGACUGAUUGACAGCAUUCCGCGGAGAAAGUUUACUUUGACUGUACAAAGGGAAGUUGGCAAGCACAAAUUCAAGUUCCGUAUAGUGUACACCUUUGAACUUUUGGUGCACUGACCCCGAGUCCUAUGGUUGAGCUGGCAUUUAACAUUAUUUACGCAAGGAGGUGGGCAGGAUUCGGAUCAGUACAGAAUGUAAAUAGUGCGGGCUGUCAAUACACUAGCUCGGGAAGCUCUAUAUUUUACAAAGUGCUAAAAAAUGAUAUAUCUCCAUUGACCCUGUUCAAA